AUGUCUGAUGAACAUCAGCAACCUCAGGAUCAUCAAUCAGAUGAUUCAGGUCAUCCAGGUAUAAAUCCCGAUCCUGUUGAACGAGGCAAACAAUUGGGACAUGAAAAUGCUCACGGUGGACAUUGCGUAGGGACAGGUGGACAUGGUCAAAUCCCUCAUACUGGUAGUGGUCAGCCUCUUGGUGGACACCCUGAAGCUGAUCUCUCUCAUUUUAGUCAACAACAAUUACAUCCUGGUUUAGAUCCUAAUCCAGUUGAACGUGGCAAACAAUUAGCUUCUAAAAAUGCUCAUGGUGGACAUUGUGUAGGUACAGGUGGACAUGGAGCAAAUGCAGCUAAAUCAAGCAAAUAA